ACCUUUUUUUUUUUUUUUUCAUAGGCUCGUCCGAAUGAAUUUCCUGCCCUGAGAGAUGGCUUUUCGGAAGUUUGGACAGGAUACGUAGCCCCGGGCACUUCGCAGCCCCCUUUUCUCCUGUACUUUUUCAUUUGCUGGAUUUUUUUUUCACAGCCUCUCUGAAUCAGGGAAGGUGCGUAUGCACUAGACACGUUGGAUAAGGGAGACCAAUUAGAAUCUAAAUAAUUAAAAAAACGAUCUCCCUUUUUUUUUUUUUGCACAAUUGUGACUUGAGUUUCCCUCUGCUGUUGGAUUACGUGGUCGUUUAAUGCAGGUGGCAUUUGAUGUUUACAUUGUGCUGCUGCUGUCAUUAAUGAGAUGGAGAUCGCUUCAGCGUUGAUAGCUAAGAUGUUUUCUCCACCUGUCAGCAGUGGGAAAAAUGGACCAACUUCUUUGGCAAGUGGACAUUUCACUGGCCCAAAUGUAGAAGACAGAAGUAACUCAGGGUCCUGGGAGAACAGUGCACACCCGAGUCCAUCUCGAAAGCUGUCAUGCAGCGUGCAGGCGAGUGUGCAUAGCCAUCCGCCCCGGAGGUGGCUGCAUCAUAACUACGGGGAAGGAUCUCAUUACGAACACAUGGCAAGCAGGGACCUGACUUCACACGACAAUCUCUCACCACCGUUUGUAAAUUCAAGAUUACAGAGUAAAGGAGAGCGAAGCUCAUACCCGUGCUACUCCAGAGACUCAGAUAUACAGGGCUGCCAUCAGCAAAGCCUUCUCGGAGGUGAAAUGGACAUUGGCAAUUCAGGGGCUCUUUCACCCACAAAGCCUGGCUCACAGUACUAUCAUUAUUCAAGCAAUAACUCCAGGAGGAGGCCUUUUCAUAGCAGCUCAAUGGCCGAGGUGCAAGCAAAGAAAGUAAGGAAAGUUCCUCCUGGUUUACCCUCUUCAGUUUAUGCCCCUUCAGCAAGCACUGCCGACUACAAUAGGGAUUCACCAGGUUACCCAUCCUCGAAACCAGCCUCCAGCACCUUCCCUAGCUCCUUCUUCAUGCAAGAUGGUCACCACAGCAGUGAUCCUUGGAGUUCGAGUGGUAUGAACCAAGCUAGUUAUGGGGGAAUGCUGGGCAACUCUUCUCAUAUUCCACAGUCAAGCAGUUACUGCAACAUACAUCCACAUGACCGUUUGGACCGGGGACACAUGGCAACUAUGGACAGGGAGCACCCCAGGGACCUGGAACACAUACCAACUAUGGACAGGGAGCACCCCAGGAGCUAUCCAUCACACUCGUCAACGGACAUCAAUUCUAGUCUUCCUCCAAUGUCCACAUUUCACCGUAGCAGCACAAAUCAUUAUAACGCCUCUUCCUGUACACCGCCUGCCAAUGGAACAGAAAGUAUUAUGUCGAGCAGAGGAAGCGGACCAUCGGGAAGCUCGCAGACUGGGGAUGCGCUGGGUAAAGCUUUGGCCUCUAUCUACUCACCCGAUCACACCAACAACAGCUUCUCAUCCAACCCUUCAACUCCAGUCGGCUCUCCGCCCUCCCUCUCAGCAGGCACAGCUGUUUGGUCAAGGAAUGGAGGACAGGCUUCUUCGUCUCCUAGCUAUGAAGGCCCUUUGCACUCACUACAAAGCCGAAUUGAGGACAGAUUGGAAAGAUUAGAUGAUGCAAUUCACGUACUACGGAACCAUGCAGUGGGGCCUUCAACGGCAAUGCCAGGAAGCCACAGUGACAUGCACGGAUUAAUCGGACCAUCUCACAAUGGAGCCAUGGGCGGCCUGGGCUCAGGAUAUGGAACUGGCCUCUUGUCAGCAAACAGACAUUCUCUAAUGGUGGGUUCACAUAGGGAGGACAGUCUACGAGGAAGCCACUCGCUUGUGCCAAACCAGGUGUCCGUUCCACAAUUGCCUGUCCAGUCAGCUACGUCACCGGACUUAAACUCAAGUCAAGACCCAUACCGUGGUCUCCCAGCUGGUCUGUCGGGACAGAACAUGUCUCCGGGUAGCUCCGAGAUCAAAUCAGACGACGAAGGAGAUGAAAACCAAGAUUCCAAAACAGGCGACGACAAUAAAUUAGACGAUGACAAGAAGGAUGUCAAAUCAAUAACGAGGUCAAGAUCUAGCAAUAACGAUGAUGAGGAUCUGACCCCCGAGCAGAAGGCGGAGCGGGAGAAAGAAAGAAGGAUGGCCAAUAACGCUCGGGAGCGUCUCCGCGUCCGAGACAUCAACGAGGCUUUCAAGGAACUGGGGAGAAUGGUGCAACUUCACUUGAAAAGUGACAAACCCCAGACCAAGCUUCUGAUACUACACCAGGCUGUGGCUGUCAUCCUUAGCUUGGAACAGCAAGUCAGAGAAAGGAACUUAAACCCUAAAGCAGCAUGUUUGAAGAGGAGGGAAGAAGAGAAAGUGUCAUCAGAUCCCUCGCCUCUAUCUCUUUCUGGCCCCCAUGUUGGAAUGGGGGACGCAUCAAGUCAUUUGGGACAGAUGUAAAAAAAAAAAAGUCCAGUAUUUUCCAUCUUUUUUUUCCCCUUUUGCAUUUCUUCAUUUAGGCAAGAAGCCACUUCCUUAACAGCUGUAUUAUCUUAAUCCCAGAUAAACAUUUCUCCCUUGACCCUUUUUGUAAAAUAAGACAAGUCUGAGUAGAUAUAUGCAUUACAGACGCAAGAGCAUUCCCAACACAAGAAUCAGCGCAACCGGGAAGGAUGGACUCCUAACAUAUUUUAGAAAAAUGUCCCAAGCAGUAUGGCGCAGGUGGCUGCUACGCACCCUGGACAGUGAAUGGCAAUCUACUCCACGUCGUGGAACAAUGCAUUUGUGCCUAAACUUCUUUUGGAAAAAAAAAAAAAGUAUAAUGAAAUUUGUAAGUCUGAAAAAAAUAUUUAAUUAAAAAAAAACAAAAAAACAAUUGUAUACUUGCAAUAAUGAAAAAGUGUACUUCUGGGGGGGCAAAAAAAAGAUUGUCCCCGUUAAAUUCCACUAGUGUUUAUAUUUUCUCGAGGGGAAAAACUGAAGCACGGGAAGUAUUGCUGCCCAGACACUUAACAAAACCAGCAAAUGUCCGAUUAAAAAUUAAGCGUUGAUAUUAGCCAUUCCUUAGGGUAGGAGGAACAGAUGGAUCUAAUAGACCUAUGACAAAUAUAUAAAUAUAUAUAUAAAUAUAUAUGAAAAUGUAGUGCAUAUGGUAAACUUUUGGUUCAUUUGUUUAAAAACUGUUUUUGCUUCUGUAUAAAUAAUAAUGAUGAAUAACUUUUUUAAAAAAAGAGACUUUACUGUAAAUAGGUUUGUGUGUGUGUGUCUUCUGUUUUUUUUUUUUUUUGUUUGUUUUUUCGUCCUUUGCGACUUGUCUUGUGAACUCUGUAGGGAGGUGAUGUAGGAUUAUACGCUGAGCCUAUAGUCGCUUCUCAGUAAACAGAGUUGUAAUUCCAGUCUUUUGGGAGCACAGGUCUUAGGUCACACCAUGUACAUAGUUUUCUGGGCAGCCUAAACGUGGCAUUCUCAAGUUUUUGCCAUUAUGUAAAAGCUGCAUAUUUGAGUCUAUUCUGGGAUUUUUUCAUAGGUACAAGGUUAGAAUGCUACAAAAUGUUACCACUGUGCCUUUCAAUGUUUAUAUCAUCAUUAAGAAAAGAAAAAGAAAAAAAAAAAAACUUAAGUGGCUGUGAUAUAGCUAACCAAUUUAUAAGUGUUAACUACAUAUGUAGCUAAAGCGGUAUGCAACAAGACUUUUUUCUGGUAAGGCGGUCGGAAUGAUUUGAUAAGCACCAGGCGUGAAAAGCACAGGGCUUGUCAACAAUUGUUGCCAUUUUUAAAAAGUGGCGGUGUUAAUUUGUAUGGAAGGAUAUCAGCCGACCCAAUGAGUAUCAUCUAGCACUUUCCCGAGUGUGGCAACAAAGGUUUUUUUUUUUUUGGGCCAGUAUGAAUGUGGGUUAAUAUUUGACAACUCAGUGUCACUUUCCACCUCCUCCCCC